AAAUCCACAAGUUGCUAGUAUACUGUACAACACGCCUCCUUACAGCUGGGUUGUCUUCGUCUCCAGGAAAUCCUCAGCUGAGAAAAUGGCUGCAGUAUGCUCCAUUUAGUCCUUCAGGAUUUUCAGACGUAUCGCUUGCAAAGUCGCAAGGUGUUGGGCAGAGUUGGAGAGUCGAAAGGGAUUUGUGUGUGUGUGAGUGAUCGCUGGUGAGCUAUAGGCCCUUCAGUGAUCCCUCGGACCGUCGUGAUAUCCUGAGCCGAUCAGAGCUCCGCUUCACACAGCUGGACGCUCGGCAGACUCCAGGAAGAGAGGUGAAUGUCCUGAUAAUGUCUGAUCUCUGCGCUUAAUCCUGGAUGUAACGUUACGUACACGUCGGAGAAAACUAACCAGUAAACUCGGUCAGUGAGUUUAUGAACCGCCUGGAGAGAGUAAGGAAAUCAUGCUGCCUCCAUCAAGAAAAGAUUUUGUAUCUUUGACUCUCGGUGAAAGCGGCAGCUACUCCAACAGCAAGCAGUGGCGCCGGCAGUCCUGCUGGAGGAAAUGGAAACAGCUGUCCAGAUUGCAGCGCAGCCUGAUCCUGUUUACGCUGAUGCUGUUGCUGGUUUGUGGAAUAGCCACAUCUCCCACUCUCACAGGGCACUUGAGAGAUGGUGUUGUAGGGGAGAAUGCGUACGAUGGGAAACAGCCAUUUGUUGUCAACCUGAAAAAUGAGUACAGGUCCAUUCUUCCCGAGCUGCCCUCCGAGAAAAAGGACUACCAUAGACGUGGACCUCCUGUUUUGCAGAAUCGUUCGCAAACCAAAACAAAUAUUUCAAGUCUGUUUGGAGUACAAAAUAAAGGACUGGACCUGAAGAAUGUCGAUAAAGGAUCUGAAGGAGGAAAUAAAAUCAUAAGUUGGCGUGGAGCUGUGAUAGAAGAUGAGCAGGCAUCUGAUACUGACACCAAAGACACCGAAAUCCAAGAAGACCCAGCUUCAUUAGCACUCGCUGAAAGCAGGCUGGAGGCUGUGAGAGAAGCAUUUAGACAUGCCUGGAAGGGUUACAAGAACUUUGCUUGGGGUCACGAUGAACUAAAACCGGUCUCUAAAUCAUAUGGAGAGUGGUUUGGACUUGGACUGACCCUAAUUGAUGCUCUGGACACCAUGUGGAUCUUGGGUCUCAAAGAAGAGUUUGCAGAGGCUAGGCAGUGGGUGGCCAAAGAGCUCUCAUUUGAUAAGAACGUGGAUGUUAAUCUGUUUGAGAGCACCAUUCGUAUACUGGGUGGCCUUCUGAGUACUUACCAUUUAACCGGAGACUCCUUGUUCUUGGAGAAAGCUAAAGAUAUAGGCUCCAGACUGAUGCCUGCCUUUAACACUGCCUCAAAAAUCCCUUAUUCGGAUGUGAAUAUUGGAAAGGGGACAGCUCAUCCUCCACAGUGGACUUCAGACAGUACUGUAGCUGAGGUCACAAGCAUUCAACUAGAGUUCAGAGAGCUCAGCCGACUUACUGGAGACCCCAAAUACAAGCUGGCUGUAAUGGAGGUGAUGAAGCAGGUGCAUAAACUCAGUGGAAAGCAGGAUGGAUUAGUGCCGAUGUUUAUCAAUACCAACAAUGGGUUGUUCACCCAUCAGGGAAUGUACACACUGGGUGCCAGGGCUGACAGCUACUAUGAGUACCUGCUAAAGCAGUGGAUACAAGGAGGCCAGACCGAGAAAGAAUUGCUAGAUGACUACCUGCAGGCUGUGGAAGGGGUGAAGAAGAACCUGCUGAGGAAGUCUACUCCUUCCGGCCUUACAUUUGUAGGAGAGCUGUCCCAUGGACAUUUCAGUCCCAAAAUGGACCACUUGGUUUGUUUCCUGCCUGGCACACUGGCACUCGGAGCACAUUACGGGCUUCCUGCUGAUCAUAUGGAGCUGGCGAAACAGCUGAUAGAGACUUGCUACCAGAUGUAUGCCCAGAUGGAGACAGGUCUGAGUCCAGAGAUAGCUCAUUUCAACAUGCAUGAGGGCAGCCCACAGGAUGUCGACGUAAAGAUUGCAGACCGCCAUAACCUUCUGCGCCCAGAAACUGUAGAGAGCCUCUUCUACUUGUACAGAUUCACCAAGGAUAAGAAGUACCAGCAGUGGGGCUGGGAGAUCCUACAGAACUUCAAUAAGUACACAAGGGUUCCCACCGGCGGUUAUACGUCCAUAAAUAACGUCCGUGACUUGGCCAAUCCCAACCCUCGAGACAAGAUGGAGAGCUUCUUCCUGGGCGAGACUCUCAAAUACUUCUAUCUGCUGUUUUCCGAGGACCCCAAGCUUAUCAGCUUAGACAAGUACGUCUUCAACACUGAGGCCCAUCCUCUGCCCAUAUGGCCACAGGCAGAGUGAUGGACCCACAAGCACAUGUCCAUAACCAAACACAUCUCUCUCAGGGCCUUGAACACAUUUGAUAUCCAAACUGCCAUCUUUUUCUACAUUAGGAACUCUUUGUAAUUGAAAAUCACUGGUAGGAAAUUAAAACAGCCAUGACAAAAACUGUUUGUAGAUGCAUAGUUUCUGAUUGUAUUAGUAAUCUGUGUUUCUAUUAAUAGAGUUUCAGAUUUUUUACUCUAUUUAUGCUUUUAUGAUGCUGUCGAUCAGCUGGGCUGCUGAAUUAGCCCUUUGAAUCAGUAUGUGCAGUCUCUCAGCCCAAGCACACAGACUGAAAUGUUCAUACUGUGAAACUUUAUGGGGACUGCAAGCACUUUAUGGUGUGUUUUGGGGGUUUUCUUGUGAAAGAACCACUGCUGUUUUUGUUGUGGUGAUGAGUCUUUCGCCAUCAUCUAAUGGUCUAUUUAGCUUUGUAAAAAUGAUUUCUUUGCAUCAUGAGUUUUAUUUGUUUUCCAGGGCUUAUAUUGCCUAUAAGAACAUUUGAAACAUUUGGUAGAGAUAUCAAGUAGCAUUGUAUCAUUUUAUCUCGUCAUGUUGCGAUCAAACACAUGCAAGGGUCGUUUGUGUUUUUAGUAAUUAUUUCAAAUAUUUCUUUUGUUUUAAGCUACAAAAACCCCAACCUUGUUGUGAAGGAUUUUAAUGCCAUUCCUGUGAAUAGGAGAAAUGUAAUUUUUUUGUUGUUGUUGAAUUUGUUAAUAGUUAGAGGAUUUAUUAUUUUUUGUAAAUUAAAAGUGGUCAUAUGAACCAUUAUUAUUAUUAUUAUAAUUAUUUAGUUGCAGAUUUUUGUUCAGUUUGGUCCCAUUUUUUGUGAUUGCAGAAUUAAGUAUUUUAAUAGAGCUUUUUUAUAUAUAUAUAUAUAUAUAUAUAAGGGUUUUUAUGUCAGUUUUCACUCUUUUAAGGGACCUACAUAUGGAAGCCUUGUUUCCAUGCCACUGAAUAAAACAUGUUGUGGUGACUUUUUAUCUCACAAUUUUGACUUUUUUUCCCAUCAGAAUUGCAUAAUAUAUACUCAGAAUUGCGAGAAAUAGUCAGAAUUGAGAUAAAAACGUGAAAUUCAGACUUUUUCUCGCAAAUGCGAGUUUGUAUCUGACUUUUUGCUUAGAAUUGUGAGAUAUAGGCUUGCAACUGUGACUUAUAAAGUCACAAUUGCAAGAUAAACUCAACAUUCAGACUUUUUAUCUCAGAAUUGCAUGAUAUAAACUUAAAUUGCAAGAAAUAAAGUCAGAAUUGUGAGAGAAAAAUUCACAAUUCUGACUUUUUUUUCUCGCAAAUGCAAGUCUGUAUCUCCCAAUUCUGACUUCUCGCAAUUCUGACUUUUUUGCUCAGUCUUUUAAUAGAGCAUUAAUCAAGCACAAUUUUUUUUUUUUUUUUUUUUUUUAUAAAUAAGGGUUUAUAUUAUGUCAGUUUUUACUUUUCUCACAAAUGCGAGUCUGUAUCUCUCAGUUCUGACUUACAAUUCUUUUUUUUUCGGAGAAUUGCAUGAUAUAAACUCACAAUCGCAAAAAAAGUCAGAACUGCGAGUUUAUCUCGCGAGUCUUGCAAAAGUUUAUAUCUCGCAAACUUUUUUUUUUGCAAAAUAAGUUUAUAUCUCUCAAAUCUGAGGGAGAAAAAGUAUGAAUUGCGAGAUGUAAGCACACAAUUGUGAGAUAAAUUUUUUUUUAAUUAUUCAGUGGCGGAAACGGGCUUCUAUACCAAAAUCAGAUGUGUUUGUGUCAGUAGUAUUUUUAUGUGUGGAUGAUGAACUUAUUGGUAGAAUAUUUUGUAAAAUAUGAAAAACUGAAUUUUAUUUUCUUCGGGUGGUUUUCUUAGAACUUUAAAGAAUCUUUAAAAUUCCAAAUGCUUUCUUGCAGGAAGAAAAGUGGAGUGUUCGUUAUUCAUUUUUCGCUACUUAUUGCAGAUCAGUUUGUUGGCCUGAGCUAUUCGAUAGAAUAGAAUGUAAAAAAAAAAGUCUGAUAGUAGCCAGGGCUAACAACUUUUUUUUAACCACCAGAGAAUAUUCCUAUUGUUUACACAGAUCGCCGAUGUAUUAUGUGCAUUGUAUUUGAAACGCUCACUGUGGAGAAUCUUAUGUUAAUACUCUCCAGUUUUAGGUAGUGUACAUUUGAACCAUGUUCAUCAAGGGCUGAGCAUUAACCGGUUUCUCAAUGUCGUGCUGUGGUGAGGUGUUCUGUUCCGCGUGUGCCUUUACAUACAGAGCAAUGAUGACAAUGUCUAUUUUCAGUCCAGAAAAUGAAGUUUUUAUGAGAAUUCAAUCUAUUUUACACAUCUCAUUCCUGUUGUGAAGCACCUUACGAUUUGUUUUUGUGAAUAAAUACUUUUGUGAUUAUUUAGAA